AUGAAGGAAUUCAACCAUGUCAAGUUAUUAAUGGCGAGAGGAGCUGAUAUUAACAACGCUCAAAGCUCUACUAGCAAAUCUACGCUAAUGCACGAAGUUCAUUCUAAAAAAUCGAGUCUUAAAUAUUUACUGAGUUUAGACGAGCUGGUGAAUGAUGUCAAUAUUCUCAACAAAGCGGGACAGACUAUUCUUCAUCAUAAAUUAUUAAACCACAAUAUAAAUUAUACCUCCGAUGAAAGUUGCAGCAUUAUUCUUGAUGCUGGCGUUGACGUUAACACUCAAGAUUCAGAGGGUCAACUUGCUGUUAAUUGUAACGCGUCUUUUAGUGAUACUAACAAUCAUACCAUCACUAAACGGCACAUCAUCAAGUUAAUAUCAGCCGGGUUAACAGUUUGUGAGGGAAAUCGACUAGCUGUUGAAAGAGGCUUCGAUGAUUUGAGAAAAACGUGUCUGGAAGAGCUCGAAAAAAUAAAAAUUAAUAAAGUCGGUGUGACUAAUAUCACAUUUUUUGACGUUUUACACAUGAGUUUUCAUUAUUUAGCGAUCCGCUUGAAGUUUGCGGGCUUGGAUCAAGUUAUCAAUGAAGAAAAAUUAAACACGGCGUAUCCGUUGUAUGGAGGAAUGCUGUUUUAUAAGUUGUCCAAGGUUCUGCGAAGAAUAAAGUACUUGGAAGAAGUCGAAGAAUUUUUUGAAGGAUUGUUAUGGGAUUUAGGACUUCCGGCGACUUUUACUAGAGAAUUAUGGUCUUAUUUUACAAAUAUAGAGUUGAAGAAAUUAAUCUUGCAUGAAAAUAAUAAUUUUAUUAGUUUUCUUGCCGCUUGUUUCGCUACAUAUUCAAUUCCAGCGUUGUAUUCUAGUUAUCCACGUGGCAUAAAAAUGAUUAAUCGAAAAGCCGAUAUAAACAAGAGUCCACCUCGUGGGUAUGAAAAUCCUUUGCAUAUAGCAGCCGUAAACGGAGACACCGAAGUGUUCAAAAAAUUGUAUCACCUGGGAGCUAACAUUCAUUUAAAAUCUUCGUUAAUGACAGCUGCUCACUUUGGACACUUCGAAAUCAUAAAGUACAUGAUUGAACAGAGCUUCGAUGUGAAUGUAACUGAACCAAAAUGUGGCUCUCGUCUAUUGCAUCACGCUGCUGCUAGUUUGAACACUGAAUUAGUGGAAUUUUUGCUGGAAAAUAAUGCGGAAAUUGACGCUAAAGAUCAUGAUGGUGAAACUCCGCUCUCAUGUGCUAUCGUCAACGACAGAAUGAAUAUUGUCAAGUUAUUAAUGGCCAGAGGGGCUGAUAUUAACAACGCUCAGAGCUCUGAUAGGGAAUCUACACUAAUGCACGAAGUUCAUAAUAAAAAAUCGAUUCUUAAAUAUUUAUUGAGUUUAGACGAGCCGAUGACUGAUAUUAAUAUUCGCAAUGAAGAUGGAGAGACUAUUCUUCAUUAUAAAUUUUCAAAUUACGAUGACGACGAUAAAACUUACAGCAUUAUUCUUGAUGCUGGCGUUGACGUUAACGCUCAAGAUUCAGAGGGUCAACUUGCUAUUGAUAGUGAAACGUCUCUUAGAACUAUAAUCCAAAAAACCAUCCUCAAACGACACAUUGUCAAAUUCAUAUCAGCCGGUUUACCAGUUUGUGUGCGAAAUCGACGAAGUGUUGAAAGAGGCUUCGAUUAUUUGAGUGAAACGUGUCUGGAAGAGCUCGAAAAAAUAAAAAUUAACAAAGUCGGUGUGAAAACCGAAAUGGCGGCCGAAACUUCAGACAUGCUUCCAGAUACGAAAAUUCCGAAAGUUCGUGCAACGGAAAUCAAUAAAACAGUUGUCAAGGAAUUAUUGAAUCAACCUGACACCAACGUUGACAUGAUAGUUUUUGACCAGGAUCGACCAAUCCGUAAUCAUACGACUCUUUUAUGCAUAGCCGUGAGGAACGGUGAUGAGGAAUUAAUAGACUAUUUGAUUAAUCGAAAAGCCGAUGUAAACAAGAGUCCACCUCGUGGGUAUGAAAGUCCUGUGCAUAUAGCAGCCAUGAACGGAGACACCGAAGUGUUCAAAAAAUUGUAUCACCUGGGUGCUAACACUCAUUUAAAAUCUUCGUUAAUUUCGGCCGUUCGCUCUGGACACAACGAAAUCGUAAAGUUCCUCAUUGAACAGGGCUUUGAUGCGAAUGUAACUGAACCAGAAUGUGGCUCUUGCCUAUUGCACUACGCUGUUGAAAAAUCGAACACUGAAUUAGUGGAAUUUUUGCUGGAAAAUAACGCAGAAAUUGACGCCAAGAAACAUAAUGGUGUAACUCCGCUCUAUUAUGCUAUCGUCAAAGAAAGAAUUAAUAUUGUCAAGUUAUUAAUGGCGAGAGGGGCUGAUAUUAACAACUGCAUUAGUGUAGAUAGAAAAUCUACACUAAUGGAGGACGUUCAUAAUAAAACAUGGAUUCUUAAAUAUUUAUUGAGUUUAGACGAGCCGAUGACUGAUAUUAAUAUUCGCAAUAAAGCGGGACAGACUAUUCUUCAUUAUAAAUUUUCAAAUUACGAUGACGACGAUAAAACUUACAGCAUUAUUCUUGAUGCUGGCGUUGACGUUAACGCUCAAGAUUCAGAGGGUCAACUUGCUAUUGAUGGUGAAACGUCUCUUAGAACUAUAAUCCAAAAAACCAUCCUCAAACGACACAUUGUCAAAUUCAUAUCAGCCGGUUUACCAGUUUGUGAGCGAAAUCGACGAAGUGUUGAAAGAGGCUUCGAUUAUUUGAGUGAAACGUGUCUGAAAGAGCUCGAAAAAAUAAAAAUUAACAAAGUCGGUGUGAGUAAUAUCACUUUUUUUGACGUUUUACACAUGAGUUUUCAUAAUUUAGCGAUUCGCUUGAAUUUCGCGGGCUUGGAUAAAGUUAUCGAUGAAGAAAAAUUAAACACUGCGUAUCCGUUAUACGGAGGAAUGAUUUUUUAUAAAUUGUCCAAGGUUCGGCGCAGAAUAACAUACUUGAAAGAAAUCGAAAAAUUUGUUGAAGUAAUAUUAUGGGAUUUGGAACUUCCGUGGACUUUUAUCAGAGACCUAUGGUCCUAUUUUACAAAUAUAGAGUUGAAAAAAUUAAUCUUGCAUGAAAACAAAAAUUUUAUUAGGUUUUUGUAA